CCGUAUAGAUCUAUAUUUUUUUAAUAUGUGUAACAAGCAAAUUGCGUUUGUAUAAAUUAUUUCAAGUUAAUUCAUACACAGCAUAUAAAAUGUAGCAGAUGAACAGGUUUUGUAUGAAUCCAUGGUAUGAAUCUGAGCACAAAACUGAAAAAAUAAGCCGAAAAGUCUGAAAGUUGCAGAAGAUUAUAUCAGUUGGAUUGGAGUCCCCCAUGACAGGAGUGACAGCUUUUGUGGAGGGUUGGGACUUUGUGCAGACCUUGGGAGAAGGGGCAUAUGGGGAAGUGAAGCUAGCAGUGAAUUCAGAUACACAGGAAGCUGUUGCUGUCAAAAUUAUUAAUUUGGAGAAAAAUCCUGCCGCUUCAGAGGCUGUCCGCAAAGAAGUCUGUGUACACAAGCUACUCAGCCAUGAAACCAUCAUAAAAUUUUAUGGGUUCCGAAAGGAUGGAAAAAAACAGUACCUAUUUCUAGAAUAUGCUAGUGGAGGAGAACUGUUUGAUAGAAUAGAACCAGAUGUUGGGAUGCCCCAACAGGAUGCCAACAGAUACUUUAAACAGCUGAUCAAUGGUGUAGAAUAUUUACACAUCAAAGGUGUUACUCACAGAGAUCUCAAACCAGAAAAUCUUCUUCUUGAUGACUUUGAUAAUUUAAAGAUCUCGGACUUUGGGUUAGCCACAGUAUUCAGAUACCAAGGAAACACUCGUCAGCUGGAAAAAUGUUGUGGUACAGUCCCUUAUGUGGCCCCAGAAGUGUUGUCAAGGAAACCAUAUGAUGCUGAGCCAGCUGAUAUUUGGUCAUGUGCUGUAAUCCUGGUGGCUCUCCUGGCAGGAGAAUUACCUUGGGAUGAGCCAACAUAUGGCUGUCAGGAAUACUGUGAUUGGAAAGACUGUAAAAUUACUAAGACACCAUGGAACAAGAUUGACAAUCUGGCAUUGUCAUUACUCAGGAGACUUCUGGUGGAGAACAGUUCCAAGAGAUACACAAUUCGGCAGAUUAGAGAUCAUCAAUGGUUCAACAAGAAUUUUAACAGACCAGCUUUAGGUCAGCUGAACAGGCUCCCAUCCUCUCCCACUAGUUCCCCAUCAGGAACUGGACCUUUUAAACGUGUUUGCUCAGGAAAUGAACUCUCACCUCCAUCUCACUCAAAAGAAAGGUUUAUGCACAUAUCCUCCUCUCAGCCCGAAUCCCGACAAAGGUUAGGAUCUGAAGGUGACACUAAUUCCCCAAUGGAUCCUGUGGACAGGCAGUUUUGUUUCUCUCAACCUGUUCAUCCAGAUCACAUGUUGCUCAGCAGUCAAAUUCAGGGAACACCAGGAUCUUCACAGAAUCCAUGGCAGAAACUGGUUCGUAGGAUGACCCGGUUUUUUGUAAAGCCUGAUAGAGAUGGAACCAAGAAGGAGUUGGAAAAAGUGUUUGAACUCCUGGGAUACAACUGGAAGUUUAACUCUCCAGGAAUGGUCACGAUAACAACAUCAGACAAAAGACAUAUCCCUUUGGUGUUCAAAGCCUGCUUUCUUGAAAUGGAUGAAAACCUGCUGCUAGAUUUCAGAUUAUCAAAGGGGGAUGGUCUGGAAUUUAAAAGACACUUUAUAAAGAUUAAGAAUCAGAUGAAAGCCAUUGUAAGCAAGGUACCGCCUACAUGGCCUUUGGUACCCUCCCAAGUCACAUGAUCUGUGCCAUAUGUCAUUAAAUCAUUCUCACAAAUAAAGCAAUUUAUCAUUU